GGCCAUUUCCUUCUCCGGAAGAGUCAGGAAUUGGGGGUUGCAGAGCUGGAGGGGCUGUGGGAUGUGGAAUGUGCUCCAUAAUCUCAGGCCUCUGAGAUGAGGCAAAGAGGACAUCUUUCCUGAGGAUUGUCCCUUAAAGAAGCUGAUUCUUUCUGGGGAAAUGGCUCAGUUGGCCCCAUUGUGCUUGGGCAAGCUAAACCCACAAGUAAUAACCCUCCCUAGGACAUGCUGAUUAGAUAAAACAAUAAGAAUUGAGGAAGACAAAGACAUUAGAUUUAAAAACUUAAAUCAAAUGUUACUUUUACGGUGUCUGUGAAUAGACAAAGACUUUUUGGUUCUAAAAUAGUUGGUUGGUGAGGUAAUAGAGGAGGGGCUAUGUUAAUAGCAGAGGUAGAAAAAAAGGAGAGGUGGCUGGGUUCCAAAGGCAAGGCCCACCCUAAAGGAUUGGAUUCAACGGUGGCAGAGGCAGCGGAGCAACCAGUUACUGCACUACUGCACGCGGUGAUGAAGGUGGAAGAAGAGAAGACUGGGGUAGGGAAGCUGGACCCUGCUAACUACAGGAGGAGAUGUCAGGAUCAGGAAGACUGCCGCUCCAUCCACAUUGGGCUUUCAGUCCCCAGUUACCCUCAAAGGAAAAGAGACCCACAGGGACGUCUUCCAGGCCUACAGAAGGUCUGCUGGGGCCUGCGGCCAGACAAGCCACAACAGGAACUGACUGGCAUGGGCAGCAGGGGAAGCAGCCGGAACAGCAACGGGCAUCAUGUCAGCAGGACCCGGUCUCCAGCUGCUGAGCAGCUCCAGGACAUCCUGGGGGAGGAAGAUGAGGCUCCCAACCCCACCCUCUUCACAGAGAUGGACACCCUGCAGCAUGACGGAGACCAGAUGGAGUGGAAGGAGUCAGCCAGGUGGAUAAAGUUUGAAGAAAAGGUAGAGGAAGGAGGCGAACGCUGGAGCAAGCCGCACGUGUCUACACUGUCACUGCACAGCCUCUUCGAGCUGCGGACCUGCUUGCAGACGGGGACGGUCCUGCUGGAUCUGGACAGCGGCUCCUUACCACAGAUCAUAGAUGACGUCAUUGAGAAGCAAAUCGAGGAUGGCCUCCUGCGGCCCGAGCUCCGGGAGAGGGUCAGCUAUGUCCUCCUGAGGAAACACCGUCACCAAACCAAGAAGCCCAUCCACCGCUCCUUGGUCGACAUUGGAAAGUCCGCCUUCUUCCUGAAAGGGGAAGAGAUGUGUCUCAAGGCCCAGCUUUGCUUAGGUGGAACGACUGGAGAUGUCAGCCAAGCUGACAGCCAGGCUGCCGACGCCAGACCCCUCCUGUGCCUCCUCUCAGGUCGCAGCCCAGCCCGGAGCCCAGCAGCUGCCCCAAGCCUCCACCGCUCCACCGAGGACCUGAGGAUACGGCAAAGUGCCAGUUACGGCCGGCUGUGUCACACCCAGAGCAGAAGCAUGAAUGAUAUUUCUCAUACCCCAAACACAGACCAGCUGAAAAACAAAUUCAUGAAGAAGAUCCCUAAGGACUCAGAAGCCUCCAACGUGCUUGUGGGUGAGGUGGACUUCCUGGACCAGCCAUUCAUCGCCUUUGUGCGCCUUAUCCAGUCAGCCAUGUUGGGAGGAGUGACCGAGGUGCCUGUUCCCACCAGAUUUCUGUUCAUACUGCUCGGACCUUCUGGGAGAGCAAAAUCCUACAAUGAAAUUGGCCGCGCCAUUGCAACCCUUAUGGUAGACGAUCUCUUCAGUGACGUGGCCUAUAAAGCCCGGAAUCGGGACGAUCUGAUAGCAGGGAUUGAUGAGUUUCUGGAUGAGGUCAUCGUCCUUCCCCCUGGAGAAUGGGACCCAAAUAUCCGAAUUGAGCCCCCCAAGAAGGUGCCCUCUGCUGAUAAGAGGAAAUCUGUGUUCUCGCUUAUGGAGCUAGGCCAGAUGAACGGCUCUGCAGGGGGAGGCGGCGGGGCGGCUGCGGGAGGCAGCGGCGGAGGCGGUGGCAGCGGCGGCGGGGCCGGCGGAGGGAGCAACGGGGACGAUGGAGAGAUGCCAGCCGUGCACGAAAUCGGAGAAGAGCUUAUCUGGACGGGAAGGUUCUUCGGUGGCCUGUGUCUGGAUAUCAAGAGGAAGCUGCCCUGGUUCCCAAGUGACUUCUACGACGGCUUCCACAUCCAGUCCAUCUCUGCCAUCCUAUUCAUCUACCUCGGCUGCAUCACCAAUGCAAUCACAUUUGGUGGGCUCCUGGGGGAUGCCACUGACAAUUAUCAGGGAGUGAUGGAGAGCUUCCUGGGCACUGCCAUGGCCGGCUCCUUGUUCUGCCUCUUCUCGGGACAGCCUCUCAUCAUCCUCAGCAGCACAGGGCCCAUCCUCAUCUUUGAGAAGCUCCUCUUCGACUUCAGCAAAGGCAAUGGUCUGGACUACAUGGAGUUCCGCCUCUGGAUUGGCCUCCACUCAGCCAUCCAGUGCCUUAUCCUGGUGGCCACAGACGCCAGCUUUAUCAUCAAGUAUAUCACCCGCUUCACUGAAGAGGGCUUCUCCACCCUCAUCAGCUUCAUCUUCAUCUAUGAUGCCAUCAAGAAAAUGAUUGGUGCCUUCAAGUACUACCCCAUCAAUAUGGACUUUAAGCCUGACUCCAUCACCACCUACAAAUGCGAGUGUGUCGCCCCUGACACAGUGAAUACAACCGUGUUCAAUGCUUCAGCCCUGCCGACACCAAACACCAACACUUCUCUGUACAACCCCCUUAACCUCACAGCACUGGACUGGUCUCUGCUGAGCAAGAAGGAAUGUCUGAACUACGGUGGGCAGCUGCUCGGGAAUUCCUGCCAGUUCAUCCCAGACCUGGCCCUCAUGUCCUUCAUCCUUUUCUUCGGGACGUACUCCAUGACCCUGACCCUGAAGAAGUUCAAAUUCAGCCGCUAUUUCCCUACCAAGGUCCGGGCCCUGGUAGCCGACUUUUCCAUUAUCUUCUCCAUCCUGCUGUUCUGUGGAAUCGAUGCCUGCUUCGGCCUGGCGACCCCCAAGCUGCACGUGCCCAGCGUCAUCAAGCCCACGCGGCCUGACCGAGGCUGGUUCGUGGCCCCCUUUGGGAAGAACCCAUGGUGGGUGUACCUGGCAAGCGUCCUGCCCGCCCUGCUGGUGACCAUCCUGAUCUUCAUGGACCAGCAGAUCACCGCCGUCAUAGUCAACCGGAAGGAGAAUAAGCUGAGGAAGGCUGCCGGCUACCAUCUGGACCUGUUCUGGGUGGGUGUCCUCAUGGCCCUGUGCUCCUUCAUGGGGCUCCCCUGGUAUGUGGCGGCCACUGUCAUCUCCAUCGCCCACAUUGACAGCCUCAAGAUGGAGACAGAGACCAGUGCCCCUGGGGAGCAGCCCCAGUUCCUGGGAGUCAGGGAGCAAAGAGUGACUGGCACCAUCGUCUUCAUCCUGACGGGCAUCUCUGUCUUCCUGGCUCCCAUACUGAAGUACAUUCCCUUGCCGGUGCUGUACGGAGUCUUCCUCUACAUGGGCGUGGCCUCCCUCAACGGCAUCCAGUUCUGGGAACGCUGCAAGCUCUUCCUCAUGCCGGCCAAGCACCAGCCAGACCACGCCUUCCUGCGGCACGUGCCCCUGCGCCGGAUCCACCUCUUCACUCUGGUACAGAUCCUCUGCCUGGCGGUGCUCUGGAUCCUCAAGUCCACGGUGGCCGCCAUCAUCUUCCCGGUCAUGAUCCUGGGCCUAAUCAUCGUUCGAAGACUUCUGGACCUCAUCUUCUCCCAGCAUGAUCUGGCCUGGAUUGACAACAUCCUUCCAGAAAAGGAGAAGAAGGAGACAGAUAAAAAGAAGAGAAGGAAAGGGGCCCAUGAGGACAGUGACGAGGAGGAAAAAGAUCUUCCAGUUGGAGUUACUCAUUCUGAUUCGUCCUUCAGUGACUCAGAACUCGACCGAAGUAUCACGUUGCACUUCAGAAUUUCCUGUCCAGCUUCGCCUGCUUUCAACUAUUCACAGAGCCCCGUGUUCAUGGUGCCACAGGUGAAGAUAGAGAUGGAGUCCGACUGUGACCUCACAGACGUGGACAAAUAUGGAAGAGAGACUGACGGCGAGACCACCCUCUAGGAUGCAGCUGCCCCUGGACAGGGCUUCAUCUUCACUGUGGGAGGACACGGUUGCAUCUUCCCUGUGAGGCCUGGGUCAGGCCCUUGAACUUCUCUGAGCCGGUUUCCCUAUUUGCUGAGCAGACGGAGUCAUUCCACUUGCUAGGAAACUGAUAUAUGGGUGAAAACUACUACUUACGUGCAAAGCUGUCUCCUUCUUUCUGUAGUUAUAAAAAAACAACCAAUAUAAACAUAAUACCUUAUUUUAAAAUGCAGUCCAGGAUAGAAAUUAUAACAUUUCUUGAAAUGAAAACGAUUCUUGCCUCCCAAAAUAUAGCUAAGAUAAAGGGAGCAAUAGUAAAUUUUUAUUGAAACAAAUACCAGUUCGAUUUUUUUUUUAAGCUUAGAUUUUUAAAAUAUCUAGAAGGUCUUGAAAAAAACCAUUAAAAUGCUCAUACUUCAAAAGACCAAAGUUGGAAAAUUUGUUCUGCAACUUGACAUACUAAGAAAUACAUAAAAUGCCCUAUCUCAUCUUCCCAUCUCACGCAGCUUUUUAAAGCUCCUACAGCAAAUCUGCGCCACCUGCAUGGGCUCUAGGCCCAGGGCCAGGACAGAAGUGUGACUGGAGCUUCCCCAGACUGAAAAGCCAGUGCCCAAAGUCUACUAAUGGAAAACCAAUGCAUGAGAGCAGGCAAAUGUUUUCAAAAUAAAAUUGUUUUUGUUAAAAUGAAACUCCCAACCACAUUAUGUCCACAAAAUGAUCCUUUAAAUUAUCACUGGUUUUAUCCUUUAAAGUAUCACUGGUUUUUCACAAUCAGAAUAAGACUUCUUUCUACUCUCGGCUUGGUCCUUCCUCCAAGUUUCCAAUGACCUUGCUCCCAAAGUCAAACUCCCAUCCACUGGACCCCUGCAUGUUAGGCAGUGCUAAUGUAAAAUAUUAGAUUAUAACUUUGCAGUAUUAGAUUAGUACUUUAAGGGCGCCUGGGUGGCUCAGUGGGUUAAAGCCUCUGCCUUCGGCUCAGGUCAUGAUCCCAGCAUCCUGGAAUCGAGCCCCACAUUGGGCUCUCUGCUCCGCGGAGAGCCUGCUUCCUCCUCUCUCUCUGCCUGCCUCUCUGCCUACUUGUAAUCUCUGUUUGUCAAAUAAAUAAAUAAAAUCUUAAAAAAAAAAAAAAAAAGGUUAGUACUUUAAAGGAAUGAUUGGAAGUUGGAUAGAUUAAGUCAUUAAUAAGGAAGCAAACCUUGUCCUCACAAAACUUAUCAGUCUAUCUUUAAUCCCCACUUAACACCAACCUUGUUUAUUUAACACCCACUAUGUGCCUGACAGCCACAGUGCAGCUGACAUUUACUUUCUCUAAAACUACUGCGGAUUUCAAUCUUGAGGAAAUCACUUUGGUUAGUUACUACAUUUACUCACGGUGACCAAAGCAGGUGCUUUUCUUCUUCACUCUUUUCUGUUUUUUAAAGACAAACGAUACUAGAUGAUUAACACUUUGGGUAUGAGGACAGCCAAUUGCGCCUGCAAUCCUCAGAGCUUCAUACAGUGCCUGGUCCCUAGAAAACUGUGUUAAGUUAAAUCUCAGAGCUCCCUUCUAAGGGAUACUGUCAAGAGAGAAAGCCCUAUACCUCUCCUGCUUGUACUGAUCGCAGCAAAAUGACUUAGCUGCUCUCUAACCCAGAACGAUCACUUGAAUUUAAGGAUAAAUUCUCUAUCUUCAGCUGCACCAAUCCUGGAAGAUCUAACAAUUGACCCUUAACAUUUCAGUUUUAAAAGAUGGUAGAUUUCCAAUAGUACUUUGUCCAAACUGAACUGUAGAAAUGUUAUGGAUUAAGAAUAAAUGUGCUUGAUUAAUCAAACAAGUUGGAAACUACAAUGUUAAUUUUGUUGUUGUUGUAAAUUGAUCACUGUAAUUUUCACCUUAUAGGUCAUUUAUAUUUUGUAUAUACAUGAACAUUUUAAUUUUGACGGCUCUUAACAGGUUGACAUAUUGUUACUUCUCCAUGUGGUAGGUCAGAAGUUCUUUCCACUUGUAAUUAUAAUUCAAUAAAACUUAAUCUUGUCUGCUCA